AGAGCCCGCAGGGCCCGGCCCAGCGCGGUCAUUGGCCCCGGCGCGCCGGAAGCAGCGCGGGUGGGAGGUGGCUGCGCCGCCGGUUCCGUUCCCGGUCUGGGUCUGGGUCCCGCCCGCCGUGGUCUGUCCCAGGAGUGUCAUGUAACAACUUAAAGUUUUCAUGUGAAAACAGAAAAUGGCUUCAAGAGGAACAACAGAGACCAGUAAACUGAAACAAAACUUGGAAGAGCAGUUGGAUAGAUUAAUGCAGCAGCUUCAGGAUCUGGAGGAAUGCAGAGAGGAGCUAGAUGCAGAUGAGUAUGAAGAGACCAAAAAAGAAACUCUAGAACAGCUGAGUGAGAUCAAUGACUCCCUGAAGAAGAUCAUGUCUGGAGAUAUGACUCUGGUGGAUGAGCUCAGUGGGAUGCAACUGGCAAUACAAGCAGCCAUCAGCCAAGCCUUUAAAACUCCAGAAGUAAUUAGAAUGUUUGCAAAGAAACAGCCAAGGCAAUUGAGGACAAGGUUGGCAGAGAUGGACAGAGAUUUAAUGGUUGGAAAGUUGGGACGAGAGCUACACACACAGCAGAAAGUUGAAAUCCUGACUGCCCUCAGAAAGCUUGGUGAGAAGCUCACUCCAGAUGAGGAGAUGUUCCUGUCAGCAAAUGCUGGUGCAGCCCUGAACCAGUUUGAGAAAGUCUCCACUGACCUUGGAACAGGAGACAAAGUCUUUGCACUAGCAAGUUUUGAAGUAGAGAAGGCAAAGCAAUGAAGAGGUGUGUGAGGCUUGUGUCUCUCCAGUUAUCAGCAACAUGGGACUUCUGUUAUAUUGCUUUUUUUUUUUUCUAUUUUUAAUGUUGGAAAAAAACCCCAAGCCUAAAACAAAACAAACCCUAAACUUCUUGGGUUCUUAACCAGAAGACAUGAAGUAAACAUCCUUAAGUGCACUUUGGAACCUUGGUGUCUAUGCCCUUUAGUAAUAUAAACUCUGAGGCUGAACACUAAGUGGUACUCUAAAAACAAAAGCAUGGUAUGACUGUCUUUGGAAAGAAUCAGCUAUUUUGAAGUUUUCUCAAUGUGUAUUUCUCUAACCAUUAAAACAACCUUUUUGCAUGUGGUUGUAGCAAGCAGAUCUUUUUCAGGAACAGUCCUAGUGAGUGAGUGGUUCUUUGGGUGAUUCUUCACGUUGCUCUCAAGUCGUCUUCAUUUCUGUCUGGACUCUCUUCUAAGUAGUUUGUAGAAGCUUUGGAAAAUUGACACAGUUUGUUUGAAAUGCCAUCUUUCUACAAACUGUUUGCAGAAGAACCAAAAUGAGGCUGUGUCCUGCUCAUUGGCUCUUAGCUGCUUGUUUGCUGUACACAUGAAUGAAUUCUAUUGUGUCCCAGCCCUGACUGACAAACAAUGGGAGCUCUGUAGGGAAGCUUCUGGAGUAAUUUAACCUUGUGUGUUGAAAUGACAGGGAAUUGCUAGGAAGUGGCAAUGGGAAGCACUCUCUGUGACCACUUACUUUAGCUCUGGGUGUGUAACAACAUGCUGCCUUUAUUUCCCAGUAUUUCUGAGAUAGCAGGAAAUAGCUGGCAGGGUAAAAUAAGUUUUAAAAUGGGGAAGAAAAGCUCCCAUGAACUGAUGGGUGCAAGUGGUGCUCAGUCUGGUGGUGCUGUGGAGAGGGGAGUCUGAGCCUCCAGAGGGAAAAAAUCCUGAAUAAUCUAAGGUUGUAGGAGGAUUUAAAAUCUCAUAAAGCUGAAUUUUUAGCUCUGAGUGUGGAGGAAACUGCUUGAGACUCUAGAUGUGUGUUUAACUUCUUGAUAAAUUAGUAUUUGUAAAAUCAAUAUAGGGGAUCUUGUUCCUAAAGUAGUGGCUGCCUCAUGCUUUAAUUCAGUCCUUGUUAGCAUUUUGUUGAACUGAUUGGAAGCUUGUGUUUCACUGAGAAUUUUGUCAGCUUGAGAAAUGUGCAUUUCAGGUCUGCUCUGCCCUUGGUAUUUAUUCAGGAGAGGAUGAAAUUAUAUUGGCAACUAAAAAAAAAAAAAAAGCAUUUCUUCAUUGAAAAGCAUACCUGUUCCAUUUCUUAUUUUACCACUUUCUAGAGAAAAGCAUACAGCUUCUAGCUGUAAAAAAAA